AUGACUGUCAUUGUGUUUUUGUUUCUGGCUCUGCAGUCCAAGACCCAUUUGAUGGAGGUCAACAACCAUGAGAAAAAGCUCUUCUUGGAGAACCCCCAGGAAAAGGUGACUAUGGAAAAAAUGGAGAUUAAACAUUCCCAGGAGAUCCUCCAUGACAAAGUGAAGCAGGUUCCUACCUGUAGCGGUCAGGAAGAGAACCUGCACUCCAAUGAGAGUGAGACACUCCGUGAGUUGCUGGAGGACACCAGACGCCAGCUCAAGCUGGGUGGAGAGGAACUGGCUAAAGUAGUUUGUGAGUACAAUGAGCAAUUAAGCGCUCUUACAUCCAAGCUGGAGCAUGAGAGAAAAGCUCGGGAGAUGCUGGAGGUAGAGUUAGAGGCAGCACGGGCACAGCUGGCAGCUGCUCUUCAGGAACAGGAGCGUAGCAAUGAGGCCAGGGCCAUUGCUGAGCGUACGCUGCAACAGGAGCGUGAAUGCUGGCAGCAGGCACAGGAGAAACACACUGCUGAGGAGGCAAGCCAGUCUGUCCACACUCUCUGCCAGCAGCUGGGUGUGUCGGAAGCCUGGACCAGCAUUCUGAAGAAUGAGCUCGAUUGCAUUAUGCUUUCCCUCAGUGAGAAGAGUUUGUUGUUGGAGAUGGUGCAGAGAGAGCGUGACCAGGCCCAGGCCCGCCUUGUAGAGCUGGAGUCUUUCCUGCAGGCAAACAGCACACAAGACAGCACCCUCUUCCUUGAUUUUGUGAAGCGGUGUCUGGAAUUAGACCCAUUGCAACGCAUGACCCCGAGCCAGGCCAUACACCACCCCUGGCUCAAAAAAUGCUUGCUAAAGCCCUCCAUUGAGGAAAAUGGCCCUGUGAAGGAUGCACCACAGAGCUCCAAUGCUGUAAAAUCAAAUAACAAAUCACAUCUCCCUUCAAGCUCAGUCUCCAAGCUGAGUACUACUCUGAAAGAGCCUGUAGGCUCCAAGCAAAUAACAAACAACAACUUGAAUGCUGAGAAACAGCAUCAGGUCCAAGUUCAGCAGAUGUUUGAGGAGAAUACAAAUGACUGUAGUACAGUGUUAAGUACACAGCUUAAUGGACUUCCCCCAGUGAGUCAGUCCAGCCAUCCAGCACAGCGCAGGCAGCAGAAGUGUGCUCUUUCUCAGCAGGGCUGCUCUACUUCCUUCAUAUCAUCUGACCGCAAGUCUAAAUCAGUCCCCAUGACUUCUGCACAAGCCAUGAAGCUUUACAAGCCUAAACUGACACUGUUUGAACAUUGUGAGAUCUUCAGUUACACCAAAAUCUUCUUUGUGGGUCAGAAGGCCAAGAAACGUUCAGGUGUCGCUGGAACUUCAAACAACUGUGGCUAUGAUGAUGACCAGGGCUCCUACAUUAUUGUGCCCCAUGAUCAUGUUGGUUAUCGCUAUGAGCUGCUCAAGGUCAUUGGCAAAGGCACCUUCAGUCAGGUUGUACAGGCCUAUGACCAUAAAACAAACCAGCAGGUGGCACUCAAGAUGGUGCGGAAUAAGAAGCACUUCCAUCAGCAGGCAGAAGAAGAGAUACGGAUCCUACAACACCUUCGCAAGCAGGACAAAGAUAACAACAUGAAUGUCAUACACAUGUUGGAACAUUUUACAUUCCGCAACCAUGUGUGUAUAACCUUCGAGCUGCUCAGCAUAAGCCUUUAUGAGUUCAUCAAGAGCAACAAGUUCCAAGGGUCCAGCCUACUACAAGUGCGCAAGUUUGCACACCCUAUCCUGCAAUGUCUGGACUCGUUACACAAGAACCAUAUCAUCCACUGUGAUCUAAAACCUCAGAACAUCAUGAUCAAGCAGCAAGGUCGCGCUGGAAUUAAAGUGAUCGAUUUUGGUACUAGUUGCUAUGAGCACCAGCAGAUUUACACUUACAUUCAGUCCCGCUACUACCGUGCUCCAGAAGUCAUCCUGGGAUCACGCUAUGGUAUGCCCAUUGAUAUGUGGAGUUUUGGGUGCAUUUUAGUGGAAUUACUCACUGGAUACCCUCUGUUUCCUGGAGAAGAUGAAGGGGACCAACUGGCAUGUAUUAUAGAGCUGCUAGGUAUGCCGCCUGAAAGGCUUCUGGAUGUUUCCAAAAGAGCCAAAAAUUUUAUAAGCCCCAAAGGUUAUCCCCGUUAUUGCAAGGUUACCAUGCUGUCAGAUGGCUCAGUGGUAUUGAAUGGGGGACGUUCAUGUUGGGGAAAGUUCAGGGGGCCCCCAGGGAGCAAGGAGUGGACAACAGCCCUCAAAGGCUGUGAUGACCCACUGUUUUUAGACUUUCUGAAACAGUGUCUUGAGUGGGACCCAUCAGUACGUAUGACCCCCACGCAAGCCUUGCACCACCCCUGGCUCAAAAGCUGUUUGAUAAAAGCUCCCAUUGGGGAUAAUGGCCCCGUGAAGGAGGUCCUGGAGAGCUCAGAAAAUGUAACUUCGGUUGACAAGUUACCUCCACUCUGCACCUCUACCACCAAGCUCAGGACUAAACUAGCAGAGGUGAGUGAUCCUACAGAGAAUAUCCAAGACAGGGUAGUGUUGCCAGAUUUAAGGAAUCAAACUUGCACAUGCCUAGAAUUAAUCAGGAUUAUGCAGAGAGUGAGUGGAAUGCCUAACAUUGUGUUACUGGUUGUGCAGUCCAAGAUCCGACUGAUGGAGGUCAAACACCGGAAGAAGGAGGUCUUCCGAGAGAACCACAAGGAGAAGGUGACCUCACUAAAGACAAAGAUGAAACACUUAAAGGAGACCCUGCAGGAGAAGGUGGAGCAUGCUGGGCAGCUGAGCAGCUUCAGGAUGGAGAAAAUUCAUAGUCAAAAUGAAGUAUGA